CUCUCUCCAUCCUCCCCCCCCCCCCUCCCAUACAACCAUGUCCCACUCUCAGGGCUCCCACGACGGCGACAUCCUCGACAUGCUGCAGAAGGCUGCCGAGGAGGGUUCCUGCGCCACGCUGUUGCACGGUGAGGACGGCCAGAGCGCCACCGUCGACGAGAUCUAUGCUCUGCUCGUGGCCACUAGCCAUGCUGUUGAGACCACGGUUACCAAGGAUAGCGAGGGAAAUGUCACUGGCGUUGACACGCGCCUCCUCCCGCCGACCAUCGUCUCCGAGGUUGCCGCCAACUCCAGCCUGAUGACCCCCACCCCACCGAUGACCCCGCGCGAGAAGGAGCCCGCCACGCCGGUCGUCUAUGUUGAUUUUGAUUCCCUGACCGAGGAGCACUUCCGGACGGUCGCCCGCAAGGUGGUCAACGAGAUCAAGUCCGGUGAUGUGAUUGCCCGUGGCUCCGGUGCCAUCAAGUCCGCGGUCCUCGGUGUCGCGGUUGUCGAGUGGAUUGUCAAGUAUGCCGCCAGUCUACUGGGCAUGGCUGGCCACUCGAUUUCCAACGAGACUGCCGUCCUGAUCGCCAACCGUCUGCUCGAUCUGCACUACGCCUUCCCGACUGAUCUGCAGGCGACGCAGGAUUUCUCCGAUGCUAAGGCUUCCUUCCGGUGGAUGGGCCCUGCCAUUCUGUCCGGAGACAAGAACGCCCUCGGUGUCAUGCUGUCCCUGAUGCAGGAGACCCUCGAGACCAAGGCCCAGAAGGUCAUGAUGCGCCAGAUUGAGGGCACCUUCUCUGAGGAGGUUGCCACCACCUGGAUUCGUGAGAAUGUUGGUGGCCUUGGCACUGAUACCAAGGCCGCCAAGGAGAUCUUCAAGAUGCUGGUCAAGCGCGGGAGUGUCAAGAAGGCCGGGCUGCUUGCCGGGGUGUAUGUCUGGCCCGCCAACAAGGCUGACGCCCCGACGUCCCCCUCGUCGGAUGCCUCCUCCGACUGAGGGCAUUGUUGUAUACUCCUCCUCGCGUCGGCCCUGUUGUUUAGUUUCCUUCCUUUCUCCCCUCUCGCCCUCUGCGCCCCGUUGGUGAGAUCAAUACACAUGUGAAAAAUGCAAAA